AUGGCCUCUAAGAUGUAUUAUGACUGUACUGAUAAAACACCGGAUGAAUAUUAUGCCAAUCCCAAUGACCCGUCAUACUUUUUCACCUGUGUUGGUGGAACGCCUAUUAUUCUGCAAUGUCCUGCAAACCUAAUUUACUAUGAAGAUCGAGAAAAAUGUGACCAUACUAGUACUAGCGAAGAAGAUGACAGUUCAACAUCAAUAAUAGAAGUUGGUGGCUCAACCUUAUCAACAACUGAUGGUGUGGUGGAUUGGUCAACAACUAUAGUAUCUACUACUGAGAGUGAAGACUGGUCAACAACUAUAGUUGGUGGUUCAAGCUUAUCAACUACUGAUGGGGAGGACUGGUCGACAACAUCAUGGCUUAAUAUGGGAACAGUUUUUGCUGGUGGUGGCUCAACCCUUGCUAAUAUCGAUGACCGAUCAACAAAAGUUGGUGGCUCAACCUUAUCAUCUACUGAUCGUGAGAACUCAACAACUCUAGCUGGUGAUUUAACGAUAUCUACUACUGAUAUUGGUGACCGGUCAACAACUAAAGAUAAAAUUAUGAUUGAUUUAUUUAGAAAAUCGCUUGGCUCAACUGUGACUACUGAAAAUUGUCACCAUCGGUCACCAACAGCUGAAGCUAGUGUACACUGUAAAACAGAAACACCAAAUGUAGUCAACAUUCCCCUGACAUCUAAGCCAGAUAGUAUCACAUUUUCCACUUCUGCUAAUAACAGGUUGGAAGAAGACGGGCCAUUCAGCGUUGUUGCAAUUCUCAGCGUUCUCCAAGGAAACACACUUCUGGAAACUAUCAAUGGGGAUGUUUUACCAAGUACAUCAGACAUCGUGGACAUAGAUUUUUACGACAAAUUUCAAAAGAAAACCAGUGUCAAUUGUGAGAUAAAAUUUCCUGUCAUUAAGAACGUAACUACACAGAAUAGUACUACUAGCGUGAAUAAAAUUCCAGUAUGCCAUUUUACACCAGAUAAUGACGCAUCAGCUAUGUGGUCAACUGCGGGAUGCGAGACAAUCUAUGAUGACGACUUUCUUGUGAGUGGCGUGACGUGUAAUUGCAAUCACCUGACGUCAUUUGUCAUUCUAAUGAAACCGAAGCAGAUAGAAGAGAACAUGAUUUUGUCGGUGCUUACCAACUUUGGAGUUGCAAUUUCAAGUGUUUUUCUUAUCAUCACUUUGAUCAUCAUUUAUGGUUUUAAAACUUUAAGAAACUCCGAUCGGUACAGAAGCAUGCGUCAUCUAGUCAUCGCUCUACUCAGCUCUAAUUUCUUCUUUUCGUGCCUGAAAAUUGAUGUGAAUAAUAUACCGAUCGCCUGUAGUUUUCUUGCGGGAUGUCUGCACUUCAGUUUCCUGGCGGCUUUUUCGUGGAUGUUGAUCAUAUCAACGGACAUAUACAUGAAGAUUAAGUAUCCGUUUGCUGAUCAUGAAAAACGAUUCAUGUACAGUCGGUAUUGUGGCUGGAUUGUACCAUUAAUUGCCGUCGGGGUGACUGUUGGUAUAACAAGAGAGAACUAUGCGUCUGAUAAGUGCUGGUUGGAUACUCAUUCUGGUGCCAUUUGGGCUUUUAUUUUUCCAGUGUGCCUCACACUUCUUAUUGUCUUCAUGCAGCUAGUAGUUGUUAGUUUCGUAGCGUUAAAAAAAUCACAAUUGCCAAACCAAACUGAAGACGAAAUGCAAAAACUCAAACGAAUCAGGAAUUUGUUUGGUGGUAUAUUGCUUCUCACGCCAGUAGUUGGACUUUCAUGGAUCUUCGGUGUCAUCAUCAUAUUUGACAAUUCUGAGAUAAUGGAACACAUAUUUGUUAUCUUAAAUUCGACUCAAGGACUUCUCAUCUGGCUCACGCAGUGCGUCUUUAGCAAAGAGGUUCGACAAACAUUUAGGAAGAGAUUGAGCAAUCGAAUUGGGCAAAAUAGUAGCAUCAAUACUAUAAAUAAUGACACAAUAUCAACGAGCAUAACACCAGUAGCGUGACGAGCUAGCCGAGAUAUUUUCUCAACACAGAAAAUUCAAAGGUCAACAGUGGGUGCACAGUGUUUGAUUCAUUGCUUACGCUCGUUUGUCACGGAAGGGGAGGGGUAAUGGACCCACCACUCAGUCUUCCCCCCCACCCACCAUUUACACCAAUACUUGGGAGGUACAUCAUAUGGCACAACCAGAGCACUUAAAGAUGGGGUGUUCAGCCAGCCAUCCACUUAGAUAAUAUAGAAUGCUCCGGAAUGCUCUGGAAUUCCAGGGUUCAUGUAUAUAAGAUGAUAGGUUUUCCUAUCUGGAACUAUUUGGAGACACGUGUCACGUCCAUUAUUUAAACAAUUUAAUAUGCUUACAAUCUUUGAUAUAAAUAAGGUACAGGCAGUAUGUUUCAUUUCUAGAUAUCAUCUCAGGCAAUUACCCGCUCCCUUAUGCGAAAUCCUUGAUGGUAAUACAAAAAGUGAACGUGCAAAAGCCCAAAGAAAUUCAAACAAAAUGUAUGUACCUUUUUCAAGACUGACAUCCUGUCACAGAUCUAUUUUUAUUCACGGACCAAAUAUCUGGAAUGAGCUAUAUGAUAGCCUUUUAAAAAUAAAUUCGCAAAAUUCGAUCAAAAAUAAAUUGAAAGAGAUGAUUUUAAAUACUUAUUAAGGAAAACUUUUCUUGGGAGUGAGGCAUUUCCCCUUCCUGGAGGUGCCGGCAAUUGUGGGCGAUCCCAAAUUUAAAAAUUAAAAUGUUGAUGUGUUUACUAUGUAUUCUGUGCGUGUAUGUUUUGCAUGUUGCGUAUUCAAACUGACAAGCCAC